AUGCACAAUCAAAGCUCCCCCACUCUCGGCAUGUCAAUCCUCAAGAUCACUAAAAAGCACCACAAGCAUCUCAACAAUCCCUUCCCUUCUACCCCAAGAUCUCUGCCCUCAAUUCAAGGCAACCUCUUCAUCAAUUCCCAAACGCUGCCGCCCCACCAAAUUUUCCCAGUCGGGGAGGAUUUUCAGCUUCUUUGGAGCACCAGAAAUGGCGGGUCUAUCUCAAUUUCUCACCAAUCUCAGCCUUCAAAAUCAUUGUGGUCCACCAUCCCCGGACAGGCAUUUAUAACUGCUGCCCUGGCUGAGACUGAGGUGGAAGAAAGCAGGGGAUCUUUUGUCGUCAAAGACAGAGAUGUUCACCUGCUUUGUCAUCACCAAACUAUGGAAGAUAUCGUUUUGAUCAAUCAAUUUGAUCAUAAAGAUAAUGACUUUCUGCCUGAUCAUUUGGAACUGGACCAUCUCAAAACAGAUUCCAAGUUUGCGGAGCCCCCUGUUUUGGUUAUAACAGGCCACAUUUUCAGCAAAAGGAAAAAGAAGAGGCUUCAAAGUUCAGGCAUUUAUAAGGAUAUAAAAUUUGAGAAAAGGGAACCUGCUGCUUCAGCAAGGUAUUGGGUCUUGUUUGAUCAAAAGAACAGUAACCAAAUUGGAUUCCAAGUCAAAAUUGGACAGCCAAAUUUUCAGCUUCAUCUCCAGAAAGCUUCACCCCUAACUGCUUCAGGAUGGUACAGGCGUUUGAGGAGGAAACUGGGCCGGUAUCGAAAACGGAAGCUGGGUUGGUACUGGGUCUUUACAAGGACGAAAGGUUUGGUCACAGUUUCUUCAUCAGAGGAGGAACUAGGAGAACUGAAUGUUGCAGAACCUACAGCAGAAUUCAACAGGGUUUGUUUCACCUAUGCAAGUGAAGGAAAUGAGAGAUUUUUUGGUUUUGGAGAGCAGUUUUCUCGCAUGGAUUUUAAGGGGAAAAGGGUACCCAUUUUUGUUCAAGAACAAGGUAUUGGAAGAGGAGACCAACCUAUUACCUUUGCUGCUAACUUGGUUAGCUACAGAGCUGGGGGAGAUUGGAGUACUACUUAUGCUCCUUCACCAUUCUAUAUGACAUCCAAGAUGAGGUCUCUUUACCUGGAAGGAUAUAACUAUUCUGUAUUUGAUCUGACACAACAUGAUAGGGUCCAAGUACAGAUACAUGGAAAUGCAGUUCAAGGGAGAAUACUACAUGGAAACUCACCUUUGGAGAUCAUUGAACACUUCACAGAAGCCAUUGGGAGGCCUCCUAAGCUCCCUGAAUGGAUGAUAUCUGGAGCAGUGGUUGGCAUGCAGGGUGGCACAGAAACUGUGCGCUGCGUUUGGGAUAAAUUGACGACUUAUAAGGUUCCCAUUUCUGCAUUCUGGUUGCAGGACUGGGUGGGGCAAAGGGAAACAUUAAUAGGAUCACAAUUAUGGUGGAAUUGGGAAGUGGACACAACAAGGUACCCUGGAUGGCAACAGCUGGUUAAAGAUCUUAGUGCACACUGCAUCAAAGUGAUGACAUACUGCAAUCCUUGUUUGGCACUGAUGGAUGAGAAGCCAAACAAAAGGAGAAAUCUCUUUGAGGAAGCAAAAGAGCUGGACAUCUUGGUGAGGGAUCAGCAUGGAGAACCCUACAUGGUUCCGAAUACAGCGUUUGAUGUGGGAAUGUUGGACUUGACACACCCACUAACUGCAAAUUGGUUCAAGCAGAUUUUACUGGAAAUGGUGAAUGAUGGAGUCAGAGGAUGGAUGGCUGAUUUUGGUGAAGGCCUGCCAGUGGAUGCUGUACUCUAUUCAGGUGAAGAUCCUAUUUCUGCCCAUAACAAAUACCCAGAACUAUGGGCUCAAAUAAAUCGUGAAUUUGUGGAAGAAUGGAAAAGUAAUCAUGUGGGAAAGGAGAGAGAAGACCCAGAAGAGGGCUUAGUCUUCUUCAUGAGGGCUGGUUUCAGGAAUAGUCCUAGAUGGGGGAUGCUGUUUUGGGAAGGGGACCAAAUGGUAAGCUGGCAAGCUAAUGAUGGGAUAAAGAGUUCUGUUGUUGGCCUAUUGAGCAGUGGACUUUCUGGGUAUGCUUUUAACCAUAGCGAUAUUGGAGGUUACUGUGCCAUAAACUUACCAAUUAUUAAGUAUCAUCGAAGUGAAGAGCUGCUUUUGAGAUGGAUGGAGCUAAAUGCAUUCACCAUCGUUUUCCGGACUCAUGAGGGGAACAAGCCAUCCUGCAACAGCCAAUUUUACUCCAAUGACCAAACUCUGUCACAUUUUGCGCGCUUUGCUAAAGUGUACAAAGCUUGGAAGUUUUACAGAGUCCAACUUGUAAAGGAAGCUGCUCAAAAGGGCUGGCCUAUCUGCCGUCACCUAUUUCUCCACUACCCAGAUGAUGAGCAGGUUCAGAGCUUCAGUUACCAGCAGUUCUUGGUGGGCAGUGAGAUCCUAGUGGUUCCUGUGCUUGAUAAGGGGAAGAAGAAUGUCAAAGCUUAUUUCCCGGCAGGAGAAACAUGUACUUGGCAACAUAUCUGGACAGGAAAGCAAUACGAAAAACAAGGUUGUGAAGCAUGGGUUGAAGCUCCACUUGGUUAUCCAGCUGUAUUUGUUAAGGUCGGCUCUACGGUUGGAGAAACCUUUCUGAAAAACCUGAGAAAUCUUGACAUUCUUUAAGGAAUUUAUUCUUCAUAUAUAUAAAUAUAAUAUUUACUUUGUUCACUUUUUUUCA